CGCAGCACAGGGAAAGUCCCAUUUUCGUUCACAAACAUGGCAGAGGAUGCAGUCAGCGAUAACAUCGCCGGAGAAAAAGUGGAGGUCACUGUUUUGUUUUUUGCUAAAAGUCGAGACCUUACCGGCACAAAGGAAGCCAAUAUCAGAGUCCAAUCAAAGAUCAAUACCGGAAGCCUUCUGAACGUAUUAAGUGAGAAAUAUCCAAGAUUGUCUGCUAUUCAGGAUUCUAUAGUAUUGUGCAUCAAUCAAGAAUACAUCUCUGCGGAAGGUUCUUUUCAUCUUUCUCCUGGGGAUGAGAUUGCUGUCAUUCCACCGCUUUCUGGAGGCUAACGUAAUCAUUUUUAUCUAACGCCCUAUAUCUUUUUCAGAAGCAAGAAGGAGAAAUUGACUAUGGAUGAUGUAAGAUUGACGACAGAUGUUCUUAAUGUAGAAAAAGCUGUUCAGACGGUCACAGACCCUUCCUGUGGUGCGGUGUCAAUGUUUUUGGGUACAACACGCAACAACUUUGAAGGGAAGAACGUAGUUCGUCUGGAGUAUGAAGCUUAUGAAUCGAUGGCAGAGAAACAACUCAACAAACUCUGUUUAGAUAUGAGACAGAAAUGGGACCUGCACAACAUUCUUAUUCAUCACAGAUUAGGUCAUGUUCCUGUAACAGAAUGCAGUGUAAUGAUUGUGAUAUCAUCACCACACAGAAAGGAAUCCCUGGAGGCAGUACAGUACUGCAUAGAUCAACUCAAAGCUACUGUUCCUAUAUGGAAAAAGGAAAUAUAUGAAAAAGGAGAUGGAUGCUGGAAGGAAAAUAAAGAGUGUUCAUGGGCCAGCAAAUCAUGAUAUGAUUAAAAUGUUUUGUAUGUACUUUUCUUUUUCUACUGCAGAUCAAUCAAACUUCUAAACAUUGAUUGUAUUUAAAGUUUAUUUUAAUGUAAGUGAAUCACACAGGUUCCCGUGUUUGAUAUAUUUUUGUGUGUGUUCUUAGGUUUCCCAUUUUGUAUGUGGGUCUCUGAAAAGGUUCAUCUGAUUGGUGUGUAGACAUGAGAAAAUGUUCUUUUCAUAAUCACGAAAAUCUAACUGUUUUUUUGGUAAGUUUUCGUGAUUGUGGAAAAAAAAGAACAUUUUCUCUUGUGUGUGGGUCUGUUUAAAAAAGUAAUUUCAAUAACCAGUUUUGAUAAUUUUUUUUUGAAUGUGGCUGAAAGGUGCUAUCCACAUUCUUAUCAUUUGUGUUGUUCUAGUCUAGAUUUGUUCGAGUGACUUAAUUGAUAUUCAUGAAAUGAACAUACAAAAGUGUAAUGUGUAGAAAUCAUUACAGGAACAGGGAGAUGAUAUUUUGACAAAUUAAUUCACCUUUAUGGAUGUCAACUAUCAGGUACAAAUAACCUGUUUGGGUGUCACCAUUUCUUGUUAGUGGAAUUUUCUUAUGGGAUCACACUCAAAUAACAGGAACAGAUUGACAAUACAUGUGUCAUGGCCAUGUAUCCACUCAUUAUUUUCUAGGAUCAGUUUAUUCAUUUAUAAGUGCAAUAGAUAGAUUCACAACAGAAAUUCCACAUUAUUCUUAAAUAAUCUUUUAUGUGAUUAUAUGGAGAAGAUUUUUCAAGUAGAUUUUUUUUUAGUAAAAUGAUAUUUUUUUUAUUUUUUGAAAUAAGUCAUCAGUGGGAGAAUAGAAAAUAUAUCUAAUUGAGGGUUGAGAAACAUGAAAUAACUAAUUUGUGUAGAUUUGGUAAUAAACUGAUUAGCACUGCAUCUAAAGAUUGUGAAGGCUAUUAUUAAAGCCAUUAUUACAAUGAACUUUCUUUUGCCUGUAAAGCAAAACAACACCUCGUCCCAUUGCGAUAGCUUUGUAUGGUAGGAAAUUGUUAAAUAUCUCUUCUAAAAAACCUUCUUUUUAGCUAAGACCUUCUGUUUGCCAGCACUCAAAAGGUUUCUCAGGAUACAACAAACUUAAAUGAAUUUAUUAUACUUGGUUGCAUAUAUACAAAGGCUUACGUAGAUAAUUAUAAGAAAACACAGUACAUGGAUGAAUUUCGAUUGAACUUUUUUGUGUGAACAAAAGAUUAUUCUUGUGAAGUGAUUUGAAGUCAUAGAUGAUUAUCAAAUAUAAUCUAUAAUGUCACACAAUGACAUUUAUAGUGAAGAUAUGUUUGUGCCUUAAAUAAGUAUAUUUAUUGAUCUACUACUUGAUUAUAAAAUUGAGUUUUCAAUG